ACGCGCAGAGGCUCCUCAAAGCAUCUUCACUACUGCAGCGCUGGCUUCAAUUUACACCUGCUUUCUUCCUGUUUUUUUUUUUAAAUAACUGGCAUCAAGUAUUAUUAUUACUGGCUCCAUAGAUAUUCUUUUUGUUUUACACUGAAACUUAAAGCUGCAGGUCGAUCAGCGGGAGAAGAAUUCAACAAAAACACCGGAAAAAUUGACGGGAUUUGUUCUUGGAGGAUGUGUGGUAUGGAUGUGGACCUGGAUGACGGGGGCUCUGGCGAGGAGGAGAAAGAGGAAGAGCUCUGGAUGGGGGAGGUAGUGAAGAUGCUGCCCCCGCCCGUGGCCCACAGUGGGGGCAGUGCGUGGGGCAGUCGGCGGGGUCGAUGUGGCUGUGUGGCGUGCGGGGCGGGUCUUGUCUUCUGGAACCUGUGUGUGGUUUUAGCCAGCGCUCUUCUCCUUGUCAUGGUCUUCUCUGUGGUGCUGCUGCCUGCCAUGCUGCUGCUGUAUGUCGGCUUCCUCUGCCACUCCAGGGUCCUUGACGCUAACUCUGCCAUUUGCCGUUACCUAGACGACAACAGCUGCUCCGCCCUCAUUAUCCUAGGCUUUGUUAUGAUGUCACCGCUCGUGGUUGUUGCGGCCGCCGUCUUCUGCGGGCUGCUCCGAAGGUUUCGACUCCUGCUUCUCAUUCAGCCAAUCACGCAUGCUUGGUACCGAGGGUGGCUUGUUGACUGGGCGGGCAGCGUCCAUGCCUGGGUCUGAUCCUCGCGGAGGACUCUGAUGGUCGGGUGUAUUACCUUUUGGUCGAUAACAAUGUGAAAUCAAUCAGAGAGACAAUGGGGUAGACAAAACAACAGAGACACCUCCAUAUAUAAUCAAUCAAAUGCUGAGUUAGUGGAAAAAACAGAUUACAUCAUGUUAAAUGACUAAACAUUACUCACAUAGUACAAGUGGAAUAGUUUGUUUCACUUCUUUGCAGCCUGAUGCUCCUGCCCUUUAAUGUUGCUCCCGCCCAGCCGGUAGACUCGACAUGGGGAUGACUGCAUGAGCAAAAAUCUGUUUGUACGCUCUGCAAACGACUUGUAAAGAAAACAGGUAUUCAAAUUUCACAAACAACUUGAUGUCCUGAAGGGGAUGUCUAUUCAAAAAUGACAGUCUUUGCAAAAAUUUUUUUUGGAAUAGCUGUUUUAAUAAAUAAAAAAUACAAUGAUACAAUACCAGGAGUGGCCACUAGGACAAUUGUACAAGCUAAGGCUUGGUGUCUUUACUGCACUUGUUGUUAGUGCUGUUGCUAAUAAUAAUUUUAUCGCUUAAAACCAUACCUUAAACCACAAUGUUGUCUUCACACCUAAUUUCCAAUAAUGAAUAUGCAAACUUGAUAUAACCUGUUGGUGAACUUUAUUUUUGUUUACAUUGGAUGGAGCCAGCCUAUAGCUGUAACUCUCUUUUUACAGUAUUUAUGCUAAGCUAAGCAAAUCUCCUACUGGCCAUAGCAUUAUGCCUAACGGACACAUAUGUAAGUGUGUUUCUCUGAAAAAUGAAACAAUGUAUUUGUCUACUGCUUGUGUUUUACUGGGUUGCAUAUUGUGAGGGGUCUUGAUUGUUUUGUCUAUCCCCACUUACACAGAAGGCACAUUAUGAUUGGAUUAGAUGUCCUUAGUGUAUUUGUAGCUGAUCCCACCUCAGUCUUUGUUCUUUUAUUUGAAAAAUGGUAAAAUGUUCAUUGUUUCGUGAAGUGAUGUCUUCGUACUUAAACAUUCAGCAGUAUGACAAAACAUAUUCUUCACUCACCUGAUAGAACAAACAAACGUGAGAUGGGCCAGAGAUGAUCAAAUGUUUUUUUGUUAAUGAAGGCUAAAUGUAGGAUUUUCAUACCAACAAUAACACAUCAGCAAAGCUUUGACAUAGUAAGACUCAGAGGAAACUGCAUUUUUUGGAGGAGCUUAUAGUUUGAAAAGAUGUACCAGGUUUUCUGUGGUUGUAUUCAAUCAGAUUUGAUGUAAAACAAAGUAUUUUUGUGAUUUUCUAUUGGCUGUUUGCUGACUAUGUUGAUAGGUUCAAAUGUGGUUAUUUCUCAGAAAGAUAUUGCUGUGAAGUUGUUUGUGGUUGAAGAUUAGACGUCUUGUUAGAAUUAAAAGAGUCAUUGAAAACAUUACAAAUGUUGAUUAUAUUUGGCUGAGUAAGCUGAGUAAGCCGAGUAAGCUGGGGCCUUCAAACACCCUGAAAAACAGGAAAAAUACAGUCAAACGUGAAAUAAAAAGCAGAAUACACAAACCUUAGUUCUAACCUUGAGUUGAAUUAAAUUGACCAUUAUUAAAUAUGUUUAUCUGAUGUAGCUCCGCUAGCAGUUGUGUGGUAGGAAGGGCAGUAUAUGAAACAUAUCUUAUCAAGCAGAUCUUUAACAUCUCGUCCUGCCACGACGAAACAAACCCUUCAUUAGAAACACAACAGAAGUCGAGUACGACACUAUAAUGGCUGCUCAGAGAGGGAGCCAGCUGUUCAAUUGGGAUUUGAAUCAUCAGAGUAGGAGCUCAUUCUGCUGCAUCUUCACUUCCUGGUCAUUUAAUUUCAUCAGCAACACACAUCCUGCACAUCCUUUUUAUGUGUGUGUCACGGCUCUGUUGGUGUUCAGAUCUGAGGUCUCAUUUCUCAGAAGAAAGCUUUGAAUCAUCCUGUAAGACCAACAGUUAUUACUAGUCCUGUGCCACUGUUACUACCAAACUGAAUGUUAUUUAUAUUUCAUUUUAAAAUAUGUAUUUUUUUAUGUCUUUUAAAAUGUAUCUGUUUGUUUCAGUCUUGAUAUGAAUCCUUCAUUCUCAGAGAAUAAUCUUAACACCCACAACUGGAAAUAUACAGUGCUUAUCUGGGAUUCUUUUUUUUUUUAAAACCUUUCAUUUUUGUGUUUCUAACAAAAUAACAACAAAUGAUCAUGCUCAGACCAUCCAUAAAUAAACACAGGUCUUUUUGUU